AUGAAAGCAACUGUGAUCCAGGUCCAUUUUUUAAGGAAGAAGCCGUUCGUUAUAAUAUUGCAAGCUCAGAAAGAGAAGGAAGAAGCAGAACUUGUAUAUCCAACUGCAUAUGGAAAACCUAGGAAGAAAGGUUCUGGAAAAAAGGAAAAAAAUAGGAGAACAAGUUCAAAAAGAAAAGAAAAAGAGUCUGAUGAAGUGGAACGUUAUGAAUCAGAAUUCGAGGAGGAAAAUAUUCAAUCUGACGAAGAAAUGACAGAUAUCAGUAAUAAUGCUCCGAGUUCUUCUAACUCCCAAACUCGACAAAGUCUGGUGAGUAGUUUAGCGGGUGACGAAGGAGCUUGUUCGAGCAAUCCACGAGGUGAAAACUGGCAAAGUCGCAAUGAUGAAGAGCUCUACCAUAAAAACCCUGAACCAAAUCUCAUGGAUCAGCAACACCAAAACCCGCCACAACCAGUUUCUGUAGCUGAGGAUAAGAUAAUCGACGGUGCUCUGAUGGAAGCACACGGACGGAAUGAUCAAGUCGUCUCAUCGGAUCGUCGUCAAUGUGAACAGUGUCAUAAAUCUCUUGAAAGUGAGGCUCUCGUUACCAUGAACCGUCUCCAGGCGGCCGACAACCACGUCUACUGUCUCCAAUGCUUCGUCCAAAAGAACAAUCCGAAGUGUGCUGGAUGCAUGGCAACUCUCGUCGUCGGCAAACUCCUUUUGGCUCUGGAUCGUUUCUGGCACCCCCACUGUUUCACUUGCUCGUCGUGUAAACGUCCACUUCCCAACUUAGAGUUCUAUCUGAUGGAUGAUAAACCAUAUGAUUCGGAUUGUUAUAGGGUGAAAUGUCGCGAGAAGAGAGAGCACAUUAAGAAAGGGGAGCGUUAA